GACUGGCGGCGGCGAGCCGGCGCGACAGUGAGUCAGUCAGUCAGCCGCCGAACAUCGUCGAAGUCGGGCGCGCUCUCUUCGGUGCAUUCGCGAGUCGCUCUCUCUCUCUCUACCUUUGUUUUUCCGCCGCGAUCGCGUUAUGCUCGACGCGGUAAUCAGCGCGGGAACGAGCCACCGAUCGCCGAGGCGAUAAUAACGACGCGAUCGCGCGCUCCGCGAUGACAAGAGCGUCUUAAUCCCUCGAGAAGAAGAGACACAUGCCCGAUCUCCCGGAAAGCAUCGUACGGACGACGAAGACACCGGAGUCGCGCGCGACCGAGGCUCUUCCUGAGACACUCCUGCCCCGCCGGCGUAGCGACUGCGACUCGUCGCGCUCGCCGCGAUGUUGCCGUGCGACCUGGUGACUUUGGCGACGGUGAUGACAAGCCUCGUCGUCGCCGUCGUCGUAAGCGGCGCGCCGAACCACCUGGACCCGGAGGAUUACGAGGUGCUCGCCGACGACGAGGCCAGAUCCGCCGAUAACGACUCCUCUAAUGUGAAUAAGAAGAUACGGGAAGUAAUAAGAUGCUACUGCAAUCAACCGAUCUGCGUACCUCAGGGAUACAUGUGUCUCGGUAAGGGUUGCUUCACGGAAUUGCCGCCGAACGCGAACACGCUUCUGAGAAUCGAGCAGAGCGCUACUCGCAACGGUUGUCUGAACGAGGGCUUUAAGAAUCGUCAAUGUCCCGCGGGAUAUCUCUGCUGCAACCACGAUCUCUGCAACCAUGUGGACACCCCUGCAAUGAAAGACAGGCUCAACAAGACCCUACAAGUGCUGGCCCCCGAUCAACGAGCAUACUUGAGUCCCAUGCAGCCGAGCGGCCAUGGAAGUCAAGGGACGGAGGGCUGGUUUAGGACGACGACGAUCGCCGUGGCCGUCGGCGGCCUCGUCGUUCUGCUGAUACUCGCCAGCCUGGCCGUGAGAUUGCUGCAGCCCGUGCCGGCCCCGAUCCGCGCGAGCGGCAAGCUCGUGCCGCAUCGGACGUCCGUCAACGGGCCGCCCUUACUCGGACCACCGAAAGUGCCUCUGGUUUAAAUGGGAAAUUCCGCGAUCCAAAGACAAAGUUUCUCGACGCAAAGUGUUCUAAGUAGUAGUUUAACUAGCGGGGCCGAUCGUGCCGCUGGCUUUGGUAUAUGACUUGAUCGAGCCCUGAAGAGCGAUAUAACGUAAGAAUCCUUGUGCAUUGUAUAUAGUAUAUACAGUCUUUUGCGCGAUUCCCAAACUUGGUCUCGACUAUUCGACUUUUUACGGCAUAUUUAAUGCGCGCGAGAACGCGCAGUUCCGCGAGACGAGUCCCGCAGGACCGCCGGGCCAUGUACCGAAGUCCAGCCGGCAGGCUGUUUAGAAAGCUAGCGGGCCCUCGAAGGCUCUACUCGGCUGUGAAUUUUACAAGAAAAAAAAAAGAAGAAAAACGAACGACUACUGUAAAUUAUAAUGUUCGCGCAACGAUAGCGUGUGUAUUACUUGUUGCAUUUCUUCGAGGCGGCGCGCCGCGCGCGAGAGAGAGCUCGAAGAGUGAGGGAGGAACGGUCCCCCCUCGAACGUGACGUGUCGGGUCCUUCGGACACGACGUCACGACCACGUCUAACACGCACAAGGUGCAUCCCGUGCGAUUGGCACGGUUCUAUAAAUAGUACCUACGUAUUUCUCUCUUCUUCCUUUUUUUCUUAUCAUAUCGCGAACGACACAUUAAUUUCGACGUCGCGACACCCGAUGUCACAUCGUGAGACCGCCGUUCCCUUCGAGACACGUUGUUAUACGAAUUUUCCCUUACGAAUGGCAGCAGCCCCCGUACGAAGAAACGGAGAGCUGAGUCUCACGGAUGAACGCCGAACAUUUGUGUAAGAAUAAAU